AUGAAAAUUUCAUCGUUGAUAAUUUUUUUAUUGCAAAUUAUUAAGAGCUUAAUAGCAAACGACUUAGAUGUCAUGUCUCAAGCUAUAAGUGAUAUAAUUCAUGAGCUUUAUAUUAAAAAUCAAAUCCAUUUUGAUAUUUUGAUGUAUGGAAAUCUGACACAGAAUUCAUUGGACCUAAUCAACUUGAUUGAAAUGAAAAAUGAUGAAAAUUUUGCUGAAGUGAUAAGGAAAAUACAGCCACGCUUGUGGGAUCACAAGAUUUAUAAAUCAGCAGUGAUAUUUGUGGAAAAUGUAAUAUCUUUAAAUUAUUUAAUUUUAAAUUCAAAAUUAGAUAGUCCAUUUCCACAUCCGAUAAGAUUUUUGACAAUUUGUGAAUACCUCGAUGAAAAUGAUUCAAAAGAGCUAAUGGUUCCAGUAUUGUUAACUGAAAAAAUAGGAUCGAUCCCACAUUUUCAGUACUUUUUAAGAAAUGAAACAUCAUCUUUGGACUUGUUUACUAUUGAAUGGAAUACUGAAACAAGAUGCAGCAAGAGACAACUCGUAAAACUUAAUUCAUUUGAUAAAAAAUCCAAAAAUUGGACUAAAAACCUUGUAAUUAAUGAAAAGUUUAAGAAUUUUCAUGGCUGCAUGCUUACAAUUAGAUUAGGAGCUAAUUAUAUGAAGACGACUAUCGAUCGAUUUACGUUUGAACCAGUUGGACCGAUUGUGGAUUUAUUUAAGGCAAUGGCACAUGUUGGGAAUUUUACUUACAAUUAUCAACUUUAUACAAUUAGUUUUGAUUAUGAUUUGUCAAGAACUGUUGACAAUAUUCCAAAGAACGGGAUGCUUGUGGAUCAUAAUGCGCAUCUUCAAAUGGCAGUUUUCAUGUUUUCUGCUGUUGGUCAUGAACUCCACUUUCUAACUUUAUUUAAUGAGGAAAAAGUGUCUUGUCUUCUAACGCCAAGUGAGCCAUACGAUUCAUAUGAGAAGCUUAUUUUUCCAUUUGACUUUUGGACAUGGAUUUAUUUACUUGCUGUAUUCGGAUUUAUAUUUUUAUCGAUAAUCAUCAUCAACCAAUUCCCAGGAAGCGUUCAAAAUAUUUUUUAUGGCGAAAUCGUUAUGACACCAGCCCUAAAUGUUGGAUUGAUUUUCUUUGGAUUUUCACAAAUGCAGGAACCAUACAGGAACUUUCCAAGAAUAAUCCUUACAGCAUUUGUUUUAUUUUGUUUGGUAAUGCGAACUGCAUAUCAAGGUGUUCUUUUUGAAAUGGUUGCUGCUGACAUCCGAAAACCACUUCCAAAAACAUUUCAUGAUUUGUACAUCAACAAUUAUUCGAUUCAGGCAGUUGAUAUAUCGAAAUAUGCGAUUCUAGAAUUACUAGAAAAAACGGAGCUCUUAAAUGUCGAGAUUUUAAACUAUGAAGAAUUUGAAAAAUCAAUUUUUAAGAACAUUGAUGACAGUUCAGCUAAGACGGCCUUUUGUAACUAUCACAACAUUCUGGAAUCAUGCCUUUUUCAUACCCAAACCCAAAAUGAAUAUUUAGAUGAGACUCUAUACUCAACGCUGUCCAGCUAUUACUUUUUGAAACACAACUUUUUGUAUCAAUUAGCUGAUGAGACAUUGCAGAGACUCCUGUCAAAUGGAAUAAUGAUGCACGCAAUUGAAUUUAAUGAUUUUUGUAUGAACUUGGAGACAUUUCAAGUCAAAGAAGUUAAACCAAUGAAUCAAUUUACACUUAAUGAUUUAUCUUAUGGAUUUAAUUUGUGUAUAUUAGCAACAAUAAUAUCAUAUGUUGCUUUUAUGUUAGAAUUAUGUUGAUUAGGUUCGAGAUAUUUGGUGACAACUAUCGAUAGAUUUACACUCGAACCUGUUGGACCAAUUGUGGAUUUAUUUAAGGCAAUGGCACAUGCUGGAAAUUUUAUGUACAAUUAUCAAUUGCUUCGCUUGAUGCCCAGUGAUGAUGAAGAAGGAAGAGCUAUUGAAAAUCUUCCUAAGGAUGGAAUGAUUAUGGAAUAUAAUGCAUUUCUUGAAAUGUCAACAUUUAUGUUCUCAGCUGCUGGUGAAGACAUACAUUUUAUAACUUAA